AGUGUAGGACGGGGAAAUUCUAGUUACUAUUUAUAGACACAAGCCUACUUUCGUUUCUGUCUGCGCCCACCAUCACCAGCAGCGACAAUACUGCAAACUGACAGUCACGCAGGCAGUUUGGGGCGAAUCCGAGAUAUGGAUGGUGUGCGCAUUUCUGGGAUAAAACAAGACAUCACAAAAGAGUCUGUAUGGAAAUAUUUUAGUGGUAUAGUAGGGACAUGUGGACAUGUCUCCAAAGUAUAUUAUCCUCUAAUGAACAAUGAUGCAGUUAUCAUCUUCUCAAAUACAGAAGCUGUUCAAAAGCUACAGUCUCAGAGCCAUGAAAUGUACACUGUUCAUCCUCUUCCUCCAGAGGUGUUCACCAAAGUACAGGUGUGGGUGGACAGUAAGAUAGCAGCGCUUCUGUUAGCAUCAGGAGUUAAUACAGAUGAACUAACAAAUGGAGGGGGUGUGCAGAUUGGGUGGGAUGAAGCAACUCAGGAAAAUACCCUAAAAGGCAAGAUGUACGAGGUGGAAUGGGCUCAAAAAUAUCUGAGUGACAAAUGUGACAAUCACAGCCGUAUGCACGGCACUCUUGUGAGCAGCCUGAUUGCAGGUAGAGGAGGAGUGGAUGUUAUUCAUGGUGUAAAGUCUCUUCAACUCACAAAUGGAGACCGAGUAAAAGAUAUGUCAGCAACAGGUGAGCAGUAUUCACAGCCUACAGAAGAAGAAUGGAAAUGGAGCAGAAGUAACGAAAAAGUUGCCUGUUGUAGCCAUGAUUGUCAUUCCCUCAGGUUACCAGCUUCCAAGCCAUCCUUUUCUGCACUUUCACUAGAGACAGACAAACCCACAGCCACUUUUGAGAAUGGAAGUAUCAAGCAAAAUUCGUCAUUGACAAAAGAGGAAAUCAACUAUUCCAUGUACCAUAAUGAUGGAGAAUCCAAAAUCCAUAGCAGUGAGCAUGGAGAUAUGGAGAAACUCCGACAACAAAAUUCUGAUGAUGCUUCCCAGUACUUAAAAAGCAACAUUGGAGCUGAAGGCAGCCAUCUGCUACAUGAAGGCUCAGCCAGAACUCAUUGGCUAAAGGAAGAGGAAGAUAAGAAUAUGCUGGGUGUUUCCCAGUCACUGUUACCAUCAACAAUGGCCUGUGAAAUCAGUGGACCCUCCACUGACCACAGGAGCAAGGACAUAAGUGACAAGGUUAUUGGUGCUUAUGGAGGAGAGCUGAGUGAUGAUGAAUUAAAUGGUGCUUAUGGAGGAGGGACGCUGCUCGGGUCAAAGAGCACGGCUUUGUUCCUAGCAUCUCCUGUAAGUGCUGACCUCAUAUCCAGGAACUUUUCAAUCAACAGUCAGCUGAAACUGAAGAUAUACUGUGAAGAUAUUGUCAGAGUACAAACAGAUGCAGUAGUGAGCCCAGCCAACUCACAUCUGCACAAUAUUGGAGGUGUUGCUCGUGCACUAGAGUAUGCAGCAGGACCAGAAAUGCAAGACGAAUGCUGCAUGAUUGUCAGGAAAAUGGGCCGUCUGAUGACAACUCAGGUUGUAGAAACGAAGGCCUGUGGAAGACUAGGGCAUCUGAAGUAUGUGUUCCAUGCAGUGGGGCCCAUUGUCAGUACUGAUGUUGAGCAGAGCAUUUAUGAACUGUCUGAGACUUUCUUCAACUGCUUGGAGUUAGCUGAAAAGCUGCAUUUGAGGAGUCUAGCAUUUCCCUUCAUCAGUACAGGUAUAUUCGGCAUGUCUACUGACCAUUGUGUGCUGGCCCUGAUCACUGCAGUACUGGCAUACCCAGAAAUGUGUUCAUGCAUCAGCCUACAGGAAGUUCACUUUGUGCACAAUGACGUCAAUGUUGUUGGUGAAGCAAUCAUCCUGGCUGACCAGCAGCUCGAAAAUGAAGACAAAGAGAGCGCUAAGCAACGCUUGCAACAGGGGAGGCAAUUAAACAGGCUGUAUGAUGCCUAUCCACAUAGCCUUAGCUACGCGUUAUCUUGAAUGAAGGGCAUGAAAUACUCAGGAAGCAUGCUAUGGAACAGCUCCCUCUCCAUCUUAAGCAAACGAACUCCCUGAACUGCUUUCGACGCCAUCUAUCUAAAUACUUUCAAGACAAAUAGAUGAGGCCUGUAGAGAUUCCUCCAAACUCCAGGAAACCUUGUAAAUAUAUACAUAUACAUAUUUGUGGUACAUAUCCACCUACCUUUAUGUUUAUUACAAUUUAUUCUAUAAUUAUUAAGUACUUAAUUUAUGUAGUUAAUUUUCAUCCCUGUAAAGGGCGAGGGCUAAAUGGAAAAAGCAUUUUCUUGCUUAUUUUACCUCGUAAAUAAAGAAUUGUCAUUGUCAUUACUAUCUACAAUUAAAUGAUCAUAGAGCAAUUUGCUAUCACCCAUAAUAGGCAAGAGUUGCGGUCCCUAUCAACUGCCACGUCUAUCUAUGUGACCCCCCAAACCACAGGUGGCGGUCAAGGGACGACUGACUGACUGACCGACUGUCACGGGCAGAGGCUCCUGGGGACCUUCCAGACCGGUGACAAGCUUGCAUACAAAGUCGAUCAUUCGUCUUCAGCUUUCUGAAACAGAUCAGUAGGAGUCUCCUGAAGCAUUUCAUUCAAAUGCCUUGUCAUGAAUUAUUACUCAAUUAUUUAAGGACUGGAAAAGUGGAUGAAUCAUGCUUUU